UGUUGAUAUCAUUUGUUUAGUUUUUUUUAAAAUUUUAAAUUAAAAUUUUAAUAUUAUCACAUAAAAAACACAAUUUAUAAAAACGCCUUACCUGUAUCGUUUUCCACCCGUACCCUUUCCCACCCGUACCCGUACCUCGAUAACAUAGCUUAACAUUGACAGCGCUAUCCCGAUUAAGGCUACAACGUCAAGAAGAGCGUGACGGGAGCAGCUUGGGCCUCUCUUCCUCUCUCUGUUUCCUUCCCUCGACCGCAGGCGGCAGGAUGGCCAUUUUGGCUCUCCAACCCUUCUCCGCUUUCCCGUUUUCUCGAUUGCAUCCUUCGUCGGUAAGGCCAAUGGCAGCGGGGCUGGUGGCGGUGAAGCCAACAGCACCCUCCUCCACUCUCAUCACCUCCCCUCUUAAGAAGGUAUUGGUCCCGAUUGGAUUAGGCACGGAAGAGAUGGAGGCCGCGAUCUUGAUUGACAUCCUGCGGAGGGCAGGGGCUAGGGUCACUCUUGCCUCGGUGGAGCCGCAGAUGGAGGUGAAAGCUUCUUGGGGGGUGACGCUUGUCGCCGAUGCGUUAAUAUCGGCGUGCGAGCUGGAGGUUUUCGACCUUGUGGUCCUGCCGGGAGGAAUGCCCGGUUCUGCAAGGCUUAGGGAUUGCCAAGUUCUAGAGAAAAUAGUGAGAAAGCAUGCUGAAGAGAAGAGAUUAUAUGGUGCUAUAUGUGCUGCUCCUGCCAUUGCUCUUCAGGCUUGGGGCCUUCUAAAGAAAAAGAAGGUAACUGGCCAUCCAGCAUUCCUCGACAAGCUUCCUACAUUUUGGAGAGUUAAAUCAAAUGUACAAGUAUCUGGUGAAGUUACCACAAGCCGUGGCCCAGGAACUGCUGUGGAGUUUGCUUUGUCUUUGGUUGAGCAGAUUUUUGGCCAAGAUCUAGCUCAAGAGAUUGGAGGGACACUAGUAUCGUGUGGAGAUGAUUUUCACCAAAGAAGUGAAGAGUACAAUUCGGUUGAGUGGUCUUCUAGCCAUACUCCUCGUGCCCUUGUUCCAAUUGCUAAUGGUUCAGCUGAGAUGGAAACAAUUGUGGUAGUGGAUAUUUUGAGGAGAGCCCAUGUGGAUGUCGUAGUUGCUUCUGUUGAAAGAUCCAAGCAGAUUGUGGCAUGUAGAGGCACCAAAAUCAUAGCAGACAAGCUUAUUGGAGAUGCCGCUGAAUCAAAUUAUGACUUGAUCAUUCUUCCUGGUGGUUGUAAUAGAGGAGAGCGGUUGCACAAGUCAAGAGUUUUGAAGAAGUUGCUCCAAGAACAAGAUUCAGCUGGUAAGGUAUAUGGGGAAAUCUGUUCUUCUACUGUCGUGGUUCUAGAGAAACAAGGCUUGUUCAAGCAGGAUAGGAUGGUGAGUGAGCAGCAGAGCAUGACUGGUAAUUUCACUGGCCAAGUUGCUAAAGGUGCUGGUGUGGUUAUCGAUGGCAAUCUGAUCACUGGUAGUGGCCCUGGAAAUGCCAUAAAUUUUUCACUGGUCAUUGUGGGAAAACUGUUCGGCCAUGCAAGGGCAAGGAGUGUAGCAGAAGGUAUCGUUUCCGAAUAUUCAGAAUGCCAAGUGAACAGCACAUAAAAAGUAUAGGAGCUACGAAGAGUGGGACGAAUGGUGACAGGAGCUGGUUGCUGCAAUUACCAUGUUUCUGAAGCCGCAGAGCCUACUAAUCAAGGAUGGAUUUCAAAUUAGCCAAGCUUUCUAAAAUCUUUAAUCUAUCUCCAUUUCUUGAAGAGUAGCUUUUUGUGAUGGUAAGGAAAAUCUUUUGAAGAAUGUGUCAAAAUGUUGAAUGGAUGAUUGGGGAAAGGCAUAUCCCGUAACUUGCAAAACGCUAAACGUCUAUUAGGGAAAAAGGCGUUUUAAUCUCCCAAAUGUGGGGUUCUUGAUCAAGGAAAAAGUCGGCUGCCGAGUACCUUCCAUAGUUCUCAGGCCAACUGCAAUGGAGAAAGUGGUCAAAGUUUCUUUCGACAAAUGCACGCUCAGAUCAGGCUAAGCCUUUCUAGCAAGGCAGGGCAGUGGGCCCUUGGAUGCAUCGGCGAUCGGUCCAUAUGGGAGUUGGCUGAGCUUUUCUUCUCCUUGGUCAUUUAUCCAUUUUUAUUCUUGCUCUUAUUGGUAUCAAGAUGUCGUACUUCAAGUAGUCUGUAACUAAUUAGUUUGAGCGUUUAUAGGAGCUACUCGUAAUAAGGAACAUGCAAAAUAGAUCUAGGGAUCUAUUCUUUGUUUUUGCUUCACUUUCAGUUAUUUAAACAAGAUGACGGUAAAAUUUUAUGGUGUGAGGACUGAUUGAUCUACAUAUAGUAAAUUAUUGACUGGAAUUGCCAAAUUGAAAAUGGAUGACGUUUCACACU